UCGUGCUCUAGAAUUUUCGUCAGUGUGUCAUGGGCAGUGGUUGUGCUAGCUUGGAGGUGUAGCAGUCAGCCCAGAGGCCUUGCUAAUUCAGUCCUCUCGCAGCCCCCCCAGUCCCUCCGUACGCUCCCUCAGCCUCAAUAUUGUGAUAGUUGCACACUCAGAUCCCCGUGAAAAUGUCCGUCAUCGGCAUUGAUUUCGGAAACGACGGGUGUUACAUCGCUGUGGCCAGACAGGGCGGUAUUGAAACUAUCGCCAAUGAUUAUAGCUUACGCACUACACCGUCAUGUGUUGCUUUUGGAGAGAAAAAUCGUGUAUUGGGUGUGGCUGCAAAGAACCAGAUGACAACUAACAUGAAAAAUACAAUUCAUAGCUUCAAAAGACUUUUGGGACGGCAGUAUAGAGACCCUAAAGUGCAGGCUGAGGUAUCGUCUGCAUCUUUUAGAGUAGUUGAGCUUCCUGACAGAAAUGUUGGUAUUGUGGUGCAAUAUCUAAAUGAAGAACAAAUAUUCACCCCUAUCCAAAUAACAGCAAUGCUCUUCAGCAAGCUGAAACACACAGCUGAACAAGCACUUGGUAUUAAGGUCAAUGAUGUAGUAAUCGGGGUUCCUUGUUAUUUUACUGAUGCUGAGCGACGUGCGAUGUUGGAUGCUGCUGUUACUGCAGGGUUAAAUGUAUUGCGCCUUUUGAAUGAAACCACAGCCACUGCCCUUGCAUAUGGUAUUUACAAGCAGGACCUUCCCACAGAGGAAAAACCAAGAAAUGUGAUCUUUGUUGAUUGUGGAAAUUCAAAUCUACAGGUGUCUGCUGUAGCUUUUAAUAAAGGAAAACUUAAGAUGUUGGCUACAGCUGCAGAUCCCAAUCUUGGAGGACGUGACUUUGAUCGUCUCUUGGCUCAGCAUUUUGCAGUGGAAUUUAAAUCAAAAUAUAAGGUUGAUGCAACUACCAAUCCUCGUGCUUGGCUUCGACUCUGUGCUGAGGUAGAGAAGCUGAAGAAACAAAUGUCUGCAAAUUCAACAGAUCUUCCUAUUAAUAUUGAGUGCUUUAUGAAUGAUAAGGAUGUAUCUUCUAAAUUAAACAGGGCCGCGAUGGAAGAAAUGUCUGCUCCUCUUCUGAAGCGUGUAGAGUCAACUCUUCAACAGUGCCUCAUAGAUUCAUCACUCAAGCUGGAUGAUAUUGCCAGCGUUGAAAUUGUGGGUGGAUCAACUCGUAUUCCAUCAAUCAAAAACUUGAUAGAAAAGGUGUUCAAUAAAAUUCCGUCUACAACUCUUAAUCAAGAUGAAGCUGUCGCUAGAGGCUGUGCUCUGCAGUGUGCAAUGCUUUCUCCAGCAUUUAAGGUCCGCGAAUUUUUAGUAACUGAUGUUCAACCGUAUAGCAUUCGACUCGUCUGGCAAGAUGAAUCGGGACAAGAAGGGGACAUGGAAGUCUUCCCCAAGAAUCAUCAAGUACCAUUUUCCAAGAUGCUGACGUUCUACCGCCGGGAACCAUUUACACUACAGGCACAGUACACUCUCCCUUCAACUUUCCCAGACCCAAUCAUUGGCCAUUAUACAGUGGAAAAUGUUGCUCCAGGGCCAGAGGGAGAGAGUCAAAAGGUCAAAGUUAAAGUACGAGUGAACAUUCAUGGCCUGUUCACUGUUGCUUCAGCUUCAUUGACAGAGAAGAGAGAGAAUGUUGAGGAAGUUCAAGAAACAAUGGAGACAGAGGAGAAGCAAGACAAGACAACUGAUGGAGCAGUAAAUAACCAGGAAGGUGGAGCCGAGAAUCAGCCUCCUGCUGAGGAAGGAGGCCAGCAGGAGAAAAUGGAUGCAGAUAAAUCAGCAGAGGCUCCGACACCAGCCAAGAAUGAAGGUAGUGAAAAGAAAGGGAAAAAGGUCUUAAAGACAGUAGAACUGCCAAUUAAAGAAGUUGUGAAGUCCUAUAGUCCUUCAGAGCUGAAUUCCUUAGUGGAACGCGAAUCUCAAAUGGUACAAGCUGACAAGUUAGAAAAUGAACGCAUUAAUGCUAAGAAUGCUGUCGAGGAGUAUGUUUACGAUGUGCGCAGCCGUAUUUACGAUGACCUAGAUCAAUAUAUUAGCUCGAGCGAUAAGGAAAAAUUAAGCCUUCAGUUAGAAGAUACAGAGACUUGGCUAUAUGAGGAAGGAGAAGAUUGCAAUAAGCAAGUGUACUUGGAUAAAUUAGCAGAAUUAAAGAAACAAGGAGAGCCAAUAAAGGGGAGGAAGCGAGAACGUGAGGAACUUCCUGCUGCUUUCGAAUACCUGUUGAGUUCUGUUCAGUUGGCACGUAAAGCAACUGAGCAGUUCCAUCAGGGUGACGAGAAAUAUAACCACCUUGAUGGUGCACAGGUGGAAAAAGUGGAGAAGGCCAUUGCAGAAAAGCAAGAUUGGGUUGAUAAAAAUCUAGGAUUAAUAACCUCUACUUCACUCCAUGUAGAUCUACCUAUCACAGCAUCACAAGUGCGUUCCGAAAAGUGCGCGUUUGAUGCACUAGUGAAUCCCAUCAUUAACAAACCCAAGCCUAAGCCCAAGGUUGAAGAGCCUCCUCCAGCAGAGAAGAAAGAAAGUGGAGACAAGGCAGAGGGUGAGCAACCUAAUGGCCCAAAGACUAAUGAAACUCAGCAGCACUCUACUGAGAAACCUACGGAACCAAUGGAUGUGGACUAAUUUAUUACUUUAGGUUUACAUUUUCCUACGUGUAUGAAGACAGCACUUGACGGCCUAAACACAACUGUGUUGGAAUGUGAAGAAACGUGUUGUGAAGGAUGCACUGUUACAUUUGACUAUGAUUAUUGAUUUUCAGAACGUGUAUGCUGAGAUACUGCAAAAGACUAGCCCCAAAGGUUUAUUUUAUAAAUUGACCUUCAUCUGAUAUUGCUAUAUACAUGAUGGGGUCAAAUUCUUAAAUCACCAAUAAAAUGAUCAUUCAACAUUGGUAUUCAAGUUAUUCAGCAAUACACCUAGCAAUUUUUAGUUUAAAAUUGUUAAAAUACUUACAUGCAAAACAGGCAAUAUAGUGACUAAGGAUGUUUCACUUUCAAGAACCAUUGUGAGCACUUGUAGGGAGCUGCCUCUACUGAUAUAGCACAUCUCUUCACUCGCCCCCCAUUCCCUUUACCCCUCCUCUCAAAUUAUGAGGGAAGAAUUUGGUGAUACUGUUGCCCUUCUCCAUACUAAUAAUAGUAGGUUUUCAUUUCUGUGCAUAGAUAACAGCCCUAAACUGUCAGGGAUGAAUGUUAAGCAGUUCAGUGCAGCAUAGAAAGCAUUAUUAAUAUUUGUACAUAUUCACACAUGCGGAGUGUAGAUCUCAACUUCAUAUUGAAGUUUUUGAGUUUUGAGUUAAGACUACUGUCUUCAAUAUUGCAUCAAGCUUUCAGUUUACUCCAUUAGUGUUUAAAACAAAGGAUUGAACUAAAUGUUCAUGAUCGUAUAAGAAAUUCUAAUUUCUGAACAGGAUCAGUGGAAAGUUUUGCUCUCAAUUUAAAGAUUAGUUGAAUUCGACUCUUGUGUGUGAAAGAGCGAGCGAGCGAGAGCGUGCAUUCAUGCAUGCUUUUGCUGUGGUGUUGGUGUGCAUGCAGUUUAAAAAGCUUGUGUAUGGAUUCCAUAUUUUCUUGUUUAUACAGAAUAUUAAAUGAAAGCUUAUGUCAAUUUGAUGUCAGGCUAGUUAGUAAGCUUAUUUGAUGAGGCUUUGUCAAGCCCCUCUCACUGUAAUCAUUCCACUGUAUCUGCUUCUGUUAAAGGCUGAAUGUCAUUUAAAAUAAUAAUUAUUUUGAGUUCCA